UUCCAUUUUCACCUUAACUACGAUGCGACCUGCCCUCGUGACGUUUGCCAUCUCGACGCUGUGCUUUGUCCACAGCUGUACGAACGUGAGCGUCGAAGGCGAUGCGACGUACUGCGUCGAGGGUCCCAUUUGUGGUGAUGAAGGGGAUGCUUGCCCCAAAGCAGGCGAUGUAGCGGCGGCGGAUUGUGUGCCCAACAUCAAGAGUUUCGUCUCAAACGGCCAGUGCGUGGCCCCUGUCACGGCCACGUGCCAACGAAUCCAGUCUGGCGCUCGUGGUUGCGUGUUCUCGGCGGCAUCUCCGUCCACGACCCCCACCGUGACCUCGCUGCUCACAGUCCCUGUCCCGCUCACAACGGCCUCCGCCUUGCCGAAUAUGAGUGACCCAAAUCCAGUCACGGCGCCCGUCAACAUGACCAACUCGACCGAUGCCACAAUCACGUUUCCGCCAGAACCCACGACCGCAGGCUCCCAGUGCGCCGAGAAGUGGAGCCAAUGCAACGGCCAAAAUUGGCCCUUUGGCGUGUGCUGCAACGACCCGGGCUGGCAAUGCGUCAAGCACUCGGACGUGUACUCGCAAUGCCUGCCAAACUAGAGUGCCGCGACCAACUUAACAAAACACGUUGUCGAUUCGUCAUCAGUCCGUUAUGGAGCCAAAGUGGAUCAGCUCAUGGCGGCCAAAUCGCCCGACGAAAGCAACGCUGAUGAUGUACAGUCGUCAGCAGGUUCCACUUGGACGUCGUGGCCAUGCUAUGGAUUCGAUGGAUCAAAAUCAUACAACACGAACAGGUCAUUUCAA